UAUUUAUAGAAACGAAGACAACUUCAUGGUGAUUCGACGGAGGGAGUAGCUCCAAAAUCCAAGAGACUUCAUCAAGAGCCUUUAGACUUAAGUGCCUUGUUCUAAUUCCAAUCAAAUUUUGUAAAAAAUGUCUUGUUGUUCAGGCGAGGAUGAUGAAGAACAACGACCAGAUCCAACACGUGUACGAGAAUGCACAGAUGUUUUCUGGCUUUGUUGUUAUAUAGCAUUUUGGUUUCUUAUGAUAUUAAUAGCUGCCUUUGCCCUUGUUUAUGGUAGUCCAUUGAGACUUAUAAAUGGAUAUGACAGUUUUGGAAAUACCUGUGGUAUGAAAAAUAACCCUAAGUUUGGCAGUAUGGAGCUUUCUGGACAAGAUACUAGCGAGAAACCGUAUCUGUUCUUCUUAGACAUAAAUAAUGUUACACAGUCUCUAAAAAUUUGUGUAAAAAAGUGUCCAGAUAGAAAAAUGACAACGAUGAAUGAUAUAUGUAAAUUUUAUGAGGAAACAGGAUCACAACUUUGUCAUGAUAAACCAGGAAAUGAUUUUAGCGCCUGUAGUAAUGGAAAUAGACAAAAUAAAACGGGAUCUUGUCCUGAGUUACCAGUAUAUAACAGUAUACCAGUUCUUAAUCGUUGUAUUCCAAAAGUUAUUAAGGAUGUGGGAGAAACUAUAGUCGCAAACUUGUAUGGUUUAUUUAAUUCAUGGGAUGUUAUUGAACAGAUUUUAGGAGAUUUAUAUAAAACGUGGAAAGAAAUUUUGGCUUUAUCAUUUCUAGCCUUUGUGUUAUCUCUUUUUAUGAUUGCCAUAUUUCAUUUAUUGGCAAGUAUUGUAACACAGAUUGUAAUGAUUCUUGUCAGUAUUACAACUAUAGCUGGCACAGUGUUAUUAUGGUGGACAUACAUAGAAAUUAAAAGAACUUUAGAUAAAACUGAUAGAAAUCAACUUCUCGAAGAAUCAGUCAGAAAUGAAAGAGCAUUCUUGGUUUUUUCUAUUGUUGCAACAAUAAUAACCAUAAUUUUAUUAUUUCUACUGGGUAUAUUGCACAAACGUAUUGGAUUUAUGACAGCAUUAUUUAAAGAAAGUGCAAAAUGUUUAGCAGAAUUGCCAGGUUUAUUUUUUCAACCUUUACUUACAUUUGUUGCUCUAAUAUUAUUCUUUGCAUUUUGGGUGACUGUAAUUCUUUGUCUUGCAACAGCAAAUUAUCCUGGAACAAAAUCUGUACAAAUGUAUAAGAAUCAUAUAUUUGAUCCUUUAAAUUUGAGUUCAGUUGGAGAGAAAAGUGCCAUUAUUGAAGAGAAGAAAUUUAACUUUUCAUUGGAUUCCUUUAAAACUUUUACUCUUGUUGAGUACGUUGAUCCUACUUGGGUAAAAUACAUGUGGUGGGUGUACAUCAUAGGAUUAAUAUGGACAUCUGAAUUCAUUAUUUCUUGUCAAAAUAUGGUAAUAUCAGGUGCUGUUGCUCAUUGGUACUUUAGAGGGAAAAAUGCUAGUGCAUCUCCAGUAUGCUCUGCUAUGGGAAAUUUAGUUUAUUAUCAUCUAGGCUCUGUAGCUUGUGGCUCAUUCUUAAUAACAAUUUUUAAGUUACCUCGUUUAAUCUUGACAUGGCUACAUACUAAAUUUAAGGCAACUAAAGAAACUUCUCCAUGUGCUGAUUGUGGUUUCAAAUGUUGCAUAUGUUGCUUCUACUGUUUAGAAAAGUUUAUUCGAUACAUGAAUCAUAACGCAUACACUGUUGUUGCUAUAGAAGGAACACAUUUUUGCGAUGCAGCUAGAAUUGCAUUUACAGCACUAGUUAGUAAUGCAUUACAAAUAGCUGUAAUUAAUGGAGUAGGAGAUUUUAUCCUAUUCUUAGGCAAAUGUUUUGUCACAGCUGCCACUGGAAGUAUUGGACUAUUAUUUAUGAAGCAGGAUCCCAGAUUAUAUUUUUAUGCUGCACCUAUUUUUAUAAUAUGCAUUUUUUCAUUUUUCAUUGCUCACUGUAUUAUUUCUCUUUAUGAGAUGGUGAUAGAUACACUGUUUCUGUGCAUUUGUGAAGACAAAAAUUUGAAUGGUGAUAAUGGAAAAUGGCGUCAAUCAGGACUAGCACAGAUUGGAUCUAAUAAUAACGCAAAUGGACAACAAUCUCAAGAAUUAACACCAAUGAAUACAUAAGUACAAUUGUUAAACAGUUUUCUUCAAGAAUUUUUAUAUUUUUACACAAAUUUUGUUUUAAGAAGAAAGACAUUCAGAACUGGAUAAAAUUUAAUUAUAUUCUAUUAGUGACUAAAUUAUGGCACUGCCAAUUUCAAUUUUUUGGUGAUCCUUUGGGAGGUUAAUUCUGAUAUUUUCUCUAUCAGUAUCCUUAUUUUCUUGAUUAAAGUAACACUCCCAUUUUUUUCUGAAGACUUUAUCUUCUUUAGUACUCCCAAAAUCACAUUUUACAAAUGUUAUUAUAAAUUUAUAUUUCUUAACCUAUCUCGUCUUCAGUCGAAAAUUGUUCAAUCUACGAUUUUAUGCAUUUUUUUUCAAUGUAAUUUUAUGGAUCUUUUUAAUCUCUUAUGUUGCUAACUCCUUCAGGAAUACAGUGAUAGUCUAGAUAAGUUAUUACGGAUGAUAAUUUGAUAUGAGAGACCAAUAUACAGAUGGUGGGUCUUGACUCAGGAAUGUUAGGUUCCUGUUCCUGAUUAAUCUAUAAGAAGAUUUUUACUAAUAUGUCUUUGAGUAACCACUGUAGAUGUGCUCGCUUGAAGUGUUUUUUUUGAGGUUUGGGACCUCAAUGGAGUUUUCAAAGAGACCCCUUGUUGUUUCUUUUUCUUUCUGCGUAGUAUCUCUUGUAAAACCUCCACUUCUGAUUUUUCGUAAUUUCCAUUCGUUGUUUCAUGAAUCGGUAAUUUGAAAAGAUGGAAACAUUCAACACUUAGGAUUUGAUUUUAUAUAAAAUAGAUUUCCCAUACUAGGAAGCAAUAUUUUUAAAUAAGUCAAUAAUUUGAUAUCGGAAUCAAUUCUACAAGUUCUUUUAUUCAUUAUCUUAUCCUACUAUUAUUUAAAAUUUUGGAUCUUUAUAUAAACUAAAAUAUAAAUUUAUUGUUUUUUAAUAUUUCUAUUAUCCUUUAAAAUCCCGGAGAAGAAUGUCUGAAGGCACAUAUUAUAUUUUAUAAUCAUACCAUUUUUUGUCAUUUUAUGAUCAUAUGCUUAAUUUUUUUUUCACAAUUAUGCUUGUUUAAAAAUUGUGGAAUAUGUGUACUUAUCAAUUUCACAUAAAAAUUACUGCCAAUCAUCAGCACAAAGAAUGUUUUUAAUUUUGAAUAAUAUUAUAAUUAUUUUAAAACUCAAAUUAUAUAAUUUGUUAUCCUUAAUGUAAUAGGAAAUUUGAUUACGUAUACAUUUCUAAUCAAUUAAGUUUUCUUUUUUAUGGAUGUACAAAAAUAAUGGUAUUAUCAUAUAACUAUUUUAUUGGGUCAUAACAUAAUUGUAUAAUAUAAAAUUUUUUUUUGACAGAAUUUUCCAAUGUAGAAAAGUAUUAAUUCAAUAACAUACAUUCAAGUGUAUGUUAUAUUCACUUUUUUCCUAGAUUCAGUUGAUAUUACAUAACAUUCCAAAUUUUUACAUUAGUAAAAAAUAAUUGUUACGACAUUGCUUUAUACACUCAAUUAUUGCUUAAGAAACUAAUGGGCCUCAUAAAAAAGUUACUUGUUGUGAUCACAACAUGCAAUCAAUGUACAAAGAACAAAUUUUAAUCAUGUAUUUAUUCUUGUUCUGAAAUGUAUAUUUUACAUAUAUUUUUGUAAUACAAUGUUAACAGAAGAGAUACUGUAGUGUAUUGAUCAAGAAAAAAGAAUAUAUUUUACCUUUUAGAAUUUUUAUCAGUAUUUAUACUUGUAAUGUAAAGGUACAAUAACAUAAUUUUAUAUGCAAAGAUAUUGCAAUAUAGCUUCGUGUUAUGCAUGUAAAAUGAUUAUGUAUUAUUUGCCUAUACCAUAAAAUAUGUUGCAUAUUUUAAAAAGGUGCAUCAAAUUUUAAGUCUGCUAAACAGUUUAAGGUAUUAUCAAACGUGGUCUCAAUUUCUACAAAUGUUCAGAUUAUAUGCUUAACAUUGUGUACUAACAUUAUAAUGCACAAUUUACAAACUCAUGCAUUAUAAUGUACAAAACAGAUUGAAAUACUUUCAUAAGUAUCUUUUUAAAAUCAAGGUCAAGUAUGUAUUAAGAUAACUAAUGGUUGUAGGCAAUUGAUGUUCAUGAUUCGUAUGUAACAUAAUAUAGUGCAUAAGACAAUGAAAUUAUUUAUUAGUUUUAAGUAUCAAUCACAAUAUAUGUCACAUCUUUAUUAUUUUACAAGUUAUACAUUCAUUACAUACUUAAUCCGUUAUCUAAAAUUGUUAGUUUUGGUGUAAUAACAGUUAUAUCACUACUAUGCAAUUUUAUAAAAAUAAUUACAAAAUAAAACACUUAUAUUUUUAUAUUUCUUAUAAAAAAUAAAUAACACAGAAAUUUUAUAUUGAAAAUAUAUACCACUUGUAAUUUAUAAAUAUUGUAUGCAAUUAAAAUUGCUAAUAAUGUUAUGUGCUUUGCCUUAACUCGUUUACAACUUCACGCCGGCGGGUUACAAGAUACGCGUUUCUCUGGUGCAUAAGUGGGCGCCGGCGUGAACGUGUUAAUAUAAUUAAUUAAUCUAUACAUGGUAGUGAUAGUAAAAAAUAGAAAGAUAUUGUUUAAUACUUAUUGAAUAAAAACUUUAUUAACAUUAUACC